UGUGGUUGUGGGGCUCACAGAGGGUCGGUCCCAGACCCGUUGUUAGGGAACAGGAGCUGUGGUUGUGCGGCUCACAGAGGGUCGGUCCCAGCCCCGUUGUUAGGGGACAGGAGCUGUGGUUGUGGGGCUCACAGAGGGUCAGUUCCAGCCCCGUUGUUAGGGGAUAGGAGCUGUGGUUGUGGGGCUCACAGAGGGUCGGUCCCAGACCCGUUGUUAGGGGACAGGAGCUGUGGUUGUGGGGCUCACAGAGGGUCGGUGCCAGCCCCGUUGUUUGGGGACAGGAGCUGUGGUCGAGGGGUGUUUGAGCUGCCUGGCUGGUAGGGUGGCGGAAAUGCAAGCUCUGUUCAAUCUCUGGAGUGUCCCAUGGCUCUAGUCCAAGUGCAGGCUCGGUGUCUGUACUCUCUUGUCCCACCCCAGACCCCCAGAAGGAACGGCAAUGAACUUCAGGCAGCCUCCCCGUGCAGCCUGUAUUUCACCCUUCACCUGCCUUGCAGACUUUGCCUGCAGCCUCUAUAAAAGGUAAGAAAGGCGUGUGACUCACUGCCCCCUCCCUCGCCUGCCCUCCCUCUCUGCCUCUCACGUAGACACAGCUCCGCGCCGGCUGCCCAGCCCAGCACAGCUGGCUGCUCCUCUGGCAGCCGGAGGCAGGCUCUGCAGGGAAGUGGGGCCACCUCUGAGCCAGCACUUGUUGGAGGAUGAGCCGCACCAGGCUGGGGUUCUCUCUCCUGCUGCUGGCUGCGCUGGGCUGGAGUGACGACGAGCACGGCUCAGAGGACUCUUCUCACCCCAAAAAGAAAGGUCCUGGCCACGGUCCCUGGAGCUAUGCAGACGUGGCCCAGUGGGCGUCGAUGUUCCCAGACUGCGGCGGGCAGAUGCAGUCUCCCAUCAACAUUGACACCAGUUCCACAAGCGUCAGCCUGGAGCUGCAGCCCGUUGAGCUAGCUGGUUACAGACUGGACCCUCGCGAGCAGCUCAGGCUAGAGAACAACGGACACACAGUUGUCCUCGAGCUGCCAAGCUCUCUGACUAUUGCCAGCGGCUACCCCCAGGAGUACAGAGCGUCACAGCUGCACCUGCACUGGGGUUCUCCGGAGGGGCCUGGCUCAGAACACACUGUGGAUGGACGCCGCUAUGAUGGGGAGCUCCAUGUGGUUUAUUACAACCCCAGCUACCAGAGCAUCAAGGAAGCAAUGAGGCAGCCUGGUGGCCUAGCAGUGCUGGCAGCUUUCCUGCAGGUUGGGCCCGAGGACAACGAGCACUAUCAGCCUCUGCUUGAGCAGCUGCCUGAGGUCCAAGAGAAAGGCAAGAAAACAACUGUGGAUGGAUUCGAUAUUAAAGGGUUGCUGCCCACCAGCCUAAGCCGCUAUUACCGCUACAGUGGCUCUCUGACCACCCCUCCCUGCUACCAGACUGUGAACUGGACUGUCUUCAACCAGACAGUGCUGCUGUCCCAGAAGCAGAUCUCGCUGCUGGAGACCACGCUGCAGGGGGACCACGAGGAGCUUCUGCAGAACAACUUCCGGCCGACCCAGAGCCUGCAUGGACGCAAAGUCCUGGCAAGUUUCCAGGCAGCCCUCAGCCCGAGGCAGGCCCCGAUCCCUGACGGCGGGGCCCCCCCAGUGACGCCUGCCCCUGACGGCAACACAGAAAGCCCUGACGGAGCUCCCGGAGCAGGUACGGCUCCCCUGGUGGCUUUGUUAUCCCUUGGGGGCUGCACCUCGUCCCCCUCCAUGUGUCCUGCCCAAAUCACUUCAGCCAGCACAGGGGAAGGGUCUGUCUUGGCUGCGCACAGCCAGAGCCUCUCCAGGGGCUUUGGGCUGCGAGGACGCUGGACUCCCAGAGGCUACUUGGCCUACUUCUCCUGGUGUCUGGGUGGGUGCUCCCAAGGGGCAGGGGCCCCGGGCUGUUUCUGUAUGGGUUCCUAA